AGCAACAGGCAGCCUCUCUCCGUUCUACUCUGCACACUGUAACAUCGUCAGUCGCAGUUCUGCGCUUCGUGCCAUUAAAUUCGCAGAGUUAAUACGUUCAUGUGGAAACUGCAGGACUUCGAAAAGAGAAGCCUCCUCUGGCACAACGCUUUCAAUGUAAACAUCAAGGAUUCGCUCAAGAUGAAGAACUGGCUUCGGAUCAGUCUGCUGCUGUGCGUAUUUGGCUUCAUCAAAGAGUUCAGACCAUCGGAACCGUUCGUUUACGAAUAUCUGAUUGGACCGUGGAGGAACAUCACCGAGGAUGAGGUCACCCAGCAGGUCUAUCCGGUGGGAACAUAUAGCUACCUGGUGCAUCUACUUAUAAUGUUCCUCAUCACCGAUAUUCUCCGCUACAAACCGCUGAUCGUCAUCCUCGGACUGUCCGGUAUUGCAAUCUGGGCGAUGCUCAUCUGGACCACAUCCCUGUUCUACCUUCAAGUACUUGAAGGUGUCUACGGGACUUUUAUGUCUUGCGAAGUGGCAUAUUACACUUACAUUUACGCAAAAGUCGACAAUGACUAUUACCUGCAAGUCAGCUCACACACUAGGGCAGCGGUGCUAGCUGGAAGAGCGCUUUCCAGCAUUCUGGCGCAGAUCCUCAUCUCUUUCAGCAUCAUGGAUUACAAGGGCUUAAACUACAUUACCUUUGGAGCUAUGAUCCUGGCGACGUGCUGGUCACUGAUACUGCCGCCGGUGAAAAGGAGCAUCUACUUCCACCAGAACAAUGACCCUAACAUCCUGACGCCAGCAAGGUACAGGAACGCCUUUACCCUGAUGAAGAGCCAUUUUGGGCAAUCAUUCGCCAAUCGAUACGUGCUGAAGUGGUCGAUGUGGUGGGCUCUGACGACAGCCGGUUUCAUCCAGGUACAGGUCUACAUCCAACCACUUUGGUCCGAGAUACAGGACUACGCGAAAGAUGCGAACACGUACAACGGCGCCGUCGAGGCAGCCGCAACCCUCCUCGGUUUCCUAAGCGCCCUCUUCGCCGGCCACCUGAAGAUCGACUGGCGCGGCAAGGGCGAACUCAUCCUCUCGAUAUGCUCGAUCACCGCGGCCAGCAUCAUCCUCCUCAGCUCGCAAACAGACACGAUUCUCGUCAGCUAUGCGAGUUACGCCGUCUUCUGCGGCAUCUACCACUUCAUGAUAACAAUAGCAAGUUCCGAGAUAGCCAAGUGCAUCAUCGAGGAUAGCUACGGGCUGGUAUUCGGCCUAAACACAUUCUUUGCCCUCGCUCUGCAGACCGCCCUUACUGUGGCUUUUGUCGAGAAGAGGACCGGACUAGCUCUUUCACCGCGCAACCAGUACCUGGCCUAUGGAAUCUACCACAUCGGCAUCUCGGCAAUCUUCAUUCUCAUCGGUCUGAUUAGUUGGAUCAAGAGCAACCGCGAUAUCAAGAAAACAUACAACUAACGAAAAAAAAAACGAAUCAACACUAGAGUCCUAGUACUUAGCGCGAGUGCUCUCACCAUAUAUUUAUAUAUAUGAUAUUCUCGAGAACCUUAGUAUUGUGAUAGACUGACUUUAUACCAUUGUUAUUAUUACACGUGUGAUAAAUCUUACUACAUUUCUAUUUAAAGA